AUGGGCAUCCGCCAAACUAUCAAGACCUUUUCCCACCUCCUUCGCGCACCAGAAGAAAACCCGCACGCUACGCUCAUUACAUGUUUCCUCAAUGCCGUGCUCCAUUACAACGACAAAGCCCUCCUCAACGCCGAGCUCAAGCGCGCCUACGCUUACAUCGGUAAAAGGGUUCCGGUGAUGCGGGGAGAUGGGGUAUCGGAGGUGUUCAUGAGAAUGGCGCUGACGCACGUGCGAGAUGGGGAGCGUUACAUGGCCGUUCACGACUUUGAUGCCAUCGAGCGGGAGUCUGGGGUGGCGAUGAAGGAUCCACACACGGUCAUUAUGGAGUGGCCUUUCGGCCUGGAGAAGCGCCCUGGGGAGGAGGGUGCGAGGGAGGAAUUUGAGCGGGAGGUAGGAUCGAAGCGACAUGGAGUCGAGAGGUUUGUGGAGUGGAAGUGGGCGGUGGGGAAGGGAAAUUUGAAGAAGCAGUCCGGGAAGGAACAGUCGGGGAGGGAACAGUCGGGGGAGAAACACCUGGUGAAGAAGAAGUCAGUGCAAUUUGCGAAUCCGCAGAUACAGAAGUAG